UAGCCUGGACAGCCUGAUGUUUACCACAACAAAAGAAACUGAACUAGGUGACUCUUGACUGAGAAUACCUCCACUUUUCAGGAGCUUUUAGAAGACUAAUAAGAUGCCCCUGGUAGCACGGAGGCUGAGAGAUCCUGACAUAAAUCCUUGUUUGUCGGAAUCUGAUGCUUCUACGAGAUGUAUGGAUGAAAAUAAGUAUGAUAGGGAAAGGUGUUCCACUUACUUCUUGAAGUACAAAAACUGCCGGAAAUUCUGGAAUUCUGUCAUGCUCAAGAGAAGACAGAAUGGAGUGAAGCCACCUAUGCCUACAGCAGUAGAAAGAGACGAAAUCUUGGGAGCAAUGGGAAAGAUGCCUUAUUGAAUGUUUGCAUUAAAGUUGUUUAUUUA